GAGUAUCGAACGACUGACUGGAAACAAAUAAGGUAUUAUUGUAUUGAGUCCGCCAAUAAAGGUUGUGAAUAGAAGGUAUACAUACCCAGUGGUAAUAACGUUUAACUAAAAGAAAGGAAAUACAUUGUAAAUUGAACCUAGAAAUUUUAGCAUGAAUGAAGACUGCGCAAUUGGAAUUGAUCUAGGAACGAACUUUGUUUGUGUCGGAGCAUUCAUAAAUGGAAUGGUGAGGAUUAUUCCAAAUGAACAUGACAAACGGACAACUCCAGCUUAUGUCGCGUUUACUGAAGAAGAACGUUUAUUUGGUGAAUCUGCGAAACAUCAAGCUCCUCUCAAUUUGAGUAACACCAUAUAUGAUGUGAAACGUUUAAUUGGAAAAAAGCAAGAAGAUAAUGGAACGCUAAUUCCGAUAGAUGAAACAUGGGGAUUUUCAACCGAAAUAGAUGAUAACAACCGAAUCCGUAUACCGAUAUCUUAUAUCAAGAAUGAAAUAAAAGUAGAAGAAAAAUUAUAUCCCGAACAAAUAACGGCCAUGAUAUUGGGCAGAAUGAAAAAAAUAGCUGAAUCGCACCUCAAAACUGAAGUAAAAAAAGCUGUUAUAUCCGUCCCUGCAAGCUUUGAGAAUGCACAAAGAUUGGCUACAAUUGACGCAGGAAGAAUUGUCGGUUUGGAAGUGCUUGAGUUAAUAAACGAACCAACAGCUGCAGCAAUUGCUUAUUGUUACGACAACGAGGUAAAAAUGAAGAAACAAAUCGUUAUUGUUGACUUCGGAGGAGGUUUUCUUGACAUAAGUAUAGCAUUAGUGCACAAAAAUUACAUUAAAAUAACAACAACAGAUGGAGAUUCAAUUAUAGGAGGUGAAAUGAUUGACAACAAUAUAUUUACCCAUUACAUCAAUAAAUUGAAAAAGCAAAACAUUGACUUGUCAAAAAGCAAAAAGAACAAGACAAGAUUGAAAGAAGCUUGCGAAAAAAUAAAAAGAAAUUUGUCUGCAUCUUCCCGAGCUCGAAUACCAGAAGACUUGGCUGCUGAUUUGGGAGUGGAAUCAUCGUCUCUAAUUCUUACCAGAAGUGAUUUUAACCAGCUCAACAAAAGUUUGUUUAAAAAUUUGAACGUAUUGUCGACAAAGUUAUCAAAAGUGUUCCAGAUGCUAAAAAACAGUUUGACGACAUCGUUCUUGUGGGAGGAUCAACUCGUAUUAGAGAGAUCAGAAAUAUUCUUUCAGAUUAUUUCAACGUAGUGGAGUUAAACAGAACUAUAAACCCGGAUGAAGCUGUAGCGUUUGGCGCUACAUUAUACGCAGCAAGUCUGACUGGUGCUCAAGAGAGUCUCAGAUACAACAUCCAUGAUCGCAUAAUAAACGAUGGUGGCAAACAAAACAAUGAAGAGGAAAUUAAGCGAAUGGU